AUGUCCCAUCCUUAUUUCUGCUCCCUACGUACUUCUCUUCCCAAAGGCCCUGGCCCUUUCCAGCACAGAGUUGUUCCUUUUUCCCCAUUUCCUUGGCCUGAUAAAAUCCAUAUUUCAAGGCAAGUUUUGCAAAUGAAAUUUUCCCUCAGUUAUUUUCCUUUCUUCUGUCUCAUUACAGCCUCUUUCUUUCUUUCUUUCUUUCUUUCUUUCUUUCUUCUGUCUGCUGCUUUCUUCUGUCACUUUUUUGGUUUUUCUUUCUUUCUUUUGUCUCUUUUUUGCUUCUCUUUGUAUUUUCUUUUUUCUUUCUUUCUUACUUUCUUUCUUCAGUCUCUUUCUUUCUUUUAUUUGUUCUUCUGCUUGUCUGUCCUACAAAUAUAUUUGUAUGCUAUCACUUCAUUGUACAUCUUUAUUUUAUUCACUUUUUUGAAUUUUAAAUUAUCUUUUACUUUUACUUUAUUAAUAUUAUUGAUAUUAUACUUUCUUCUUUUUCUCUAUUUCUUCGGCAGGGUCAUUUCUUUUUUAUUCUUGUUCAUUUUUGUUCUUCUUUCUUCACUUCCUUCUAUUUUUUAUUCAUUUCUUUUUUAUUCUUGUUCAUUUUUGUUCUUCUUUCUUCACUUCCUUCUAUUUUUUAAUCAUUUCUUUUUUAUUCUUGUUCAUUUUUGUUCUUCUUUCUUCACUUCCUUCCAUUUCUUUAUUCAUUUCUUUUUCUUGGUUAAUAUUGUCUAUUUUUGCACUGCUUUCAUUUUCAUUUCCUCCCAUUUCUUUAUUUAUUUCUUUUUUUAUUCUUGGUUGUUUUUGUUCUUCUUUCUUCACUUCCUCCCAUUUCUUUAUUCAUUUCUUUUUCUUUGUUAUUAUUGUCCAUUUUUGCUCUGCUUUUGUCUUCACUUCCUCCCAUUUCUUUAUUCAUUUACUUUGGUCUUCCUUAUUUUUUGUUCAUUUCUUCUUUUCAUCCGUAUAUACAUAAUCUCUAAACAUAUCUAUCUAUCUAUCUAUCUAUCUAUCUAUCUAUCUAUCUAUUUAUUAGAUAGAAACAUUUGUAUGCUUAUCUAUCUAUCUAUCUAUCUGCUCAUAUUUAUGUAUACAAGUAUAAUGAAACUGUUCUUAUAUUUAUUUUAUUGUACUUAUUGGCAGUAA